UUACACUUCAUUUUGGAAUGACUGUAUAUCAUCUGGAUUACGUGGCUGUAUGUUAAUUGAAUUAGCAUUGAGAGGAAGGUUACAACUAGAGGCUUGUGGAAUGAGACGUAAAAGUCUUUUAACAAGAAAGGUGAUCUGUAAAUCAGAUGCUCCAACAGGGGAUGUUCUUCUUGAUGAAGCUCUCAAGCAUGUUAAGGAGACUCAGCCUCCAGAAACGGUCCAGAACUGGAUUGAGUUACUUAGUGGUGAGACGUGGAAUCCAUUAAAACUGCAUUAUCAGUUAAGAAAUGUACGGGAACGAUUAGCUAAAAACCUGGUAGAAAAGGGUGUACUGACAACAGAGAAACAGAACUUCCUACUAUUUGACAUGACGACACAUCCUCUCACCAAUAACAAUAUUAAGCAGCGUCUCAUCAAGAAGGUACAAGAAGCUGUUCUUGACAAGUGGGUGAAUGACCCUCACCGCAUGGACAAGCGCUUGCUGGCCCUCAUUUACCUAGCCCAUGCCUCAGAUGUUCUGGAGAAUGCUUUUGCUCCUCUUCUGGACGAGCAGUAUGAUUUAGCCACCAAGAGAGUACGGCAGCUUCUCGACUUAGACCCAGAAGUGGAAUGUCUGAAGGCCAACACCAAUGAGGUUCUGUGGGCAGUGGUGGCAGCCUUCACCAAGUAACUCUGUUAGAAUGAAGUGUUUCCUUUCUCAUGUAAACCAGUAGUUUUUCUUCUAUUGACUUCUGGUUUUCUGCAGUUUGUACUUUUCCCACACUAUAAUUGGCUUUUGUUUUAAGAGAUAGUGGGUGGCUAUUUCCUUUUUGUAUGUAUGGAGGAUUCUGCUGGUACGAGAGGCCUUCCUCUUUCUGUUUUUAACAAAUGUACUGCCAUAUUGGCAUCCCAUUCCCUGUUGCCAUUCUCACUGUUACCUGUUCCGGGUUUCUGGAUACUUUGACUUUCAAAGUACCUCCAGUCACCUCGCAUGCACAGCUUUUGGAUUACCUCAGCGUGAGUUUUCCCACAUGUGCAUGAGCAUCUCUCUGGCAUUCUGCCUGCAGUUCAGACAGAAGUCACAACAAGGCCUUCAACUCACCAAAGGUAAAUAUCUGUAUCUAUUAGGACAUUUUUUAUACAUAGACCUCAGUUGAGAUGUAUACUUAGCAAAAUUAUUUUUAAAUUGAAACAGCACAGUAGAUACUUAAUAUAAAAUGCCCCUUGGAUUUUGCUUCCCAUGUAAAUCUCUUGUAUUAUUACACCUGUUAUAAUUUUAACUAUUAAAUCAUAAAGGUCCAAUUGUUUCACAGAGCCAGUUUGGGAUGGGCUGCAUUCCACUUACACUGUAUAUAGUUUGAAUUAUAUAUAAAUUGCCCCUUCUGGCCACCCAGUCCCCAUCUUAGUGUUUUGCAAGAUUUAAUUAGUUUUACACCUGGUGCCCCUCACUUUGGUCAUUAUUACUUGAUGGCAAGAAUAGUCCUCUCAUUGAAGGAGAGAGAAAAAGGUGUCUGCCUGACCGGUUCUAGGAGUUUUUGAGCUGUGCCAUUCAUGGUACUUUUUGCCUAUGCAUCUCUUUUUUGGAUUUUUAAUUUUUAAAAAAAUUUUUUGGUCUUAACUGUUCUUUUCAUUUCUGUAGGGAAGAGGCCUGUGACCAGUACUAAUCUUGAGUACAAUUUUUUCUUUUUCUGCCCAGAAGUAAAUUAAUGUCUGCUCUGAAAUAUCAUUUGUCUACUCAUGCUUUCUUGGAGGAAAAAAAAUCAAAUGUCAGUCCUAGCAGAUGUUGCAUGUAAAUUGGUAGCAAGUAAUGACUACAAACUCAGACGAUUAAGAAUUUUGUAAUAGAAAGCUCUGCCGUUUUAAUUUUUUAUAUGCAGUUAUAAUUAGCACAUUGUAAGGCUAUAAACCUUUGCUUUUUAAAGUUUAUUUUUAUGAUUUCUUUAUCACUGCUAUUGUACCACCAUUGGUUUCGUAAUGUAAAUACUAUACAUUGAACAAAUUAAAAGUCAAAUUUUUUUAUUACCAUAGUUCAUGUUAAUAGUGGGGCUUUCAGGUGUUUAGAAAUUUUUGGUUAACAUUCACUGCAAAAGAACUAGAUGGUGUAUAACUCUAGAAUUGAAUUUAAGGGAUUCUCUAAUAUGUAUACUAUCUUUUUAUCUGAAGUAAUAAAUAAACUAUGAUCUUGAAAGUGCCUGAAUCACA